AUGCUUCUGUCUGCCCGCCGCGUCAUCGUCGUCGCUGCCACCGCCGUGGCCUCGUGCGUGCUGCUGAUUGCCUUCUGGAAGGCUUCCGACGCCCUGGUGCCCUCGUGGAGCCGCUCCAAGUCGACCCUGCAGGGCCUCGAUCCCCAUUGGACCAGCGAGAGGCUCGAGAAACGCUUUGCCUACGUCCAGUAUGCCACCGAUCUGGACUAUCGCUGCAAUGCGAUGAUCAACUUCUCGCAACUGCGGCGCUUUGCCGUCGAAUACGACAUGGUGCUGAUCUAUCCCACCGACUGGGACGAGGACGCGGCGUCGCGCGAGGCCCGCUGGAUGCAGAGGAUACGCGCCGUGCAUCCCCAGGUCAAGCUGCGCCCGUUUCGCCUGCUGACCACGGCGCACGGGGAUCCGACCUGGCAGAAGAGCCUGACCAAGUUCCAUGCCUUCGCCCUGACCGAGUACUCGCGCCGCCGAUCACCAGCGCUCUCGCGCGCCUACCUGGUGCACUUCAGCGACUGGCCGCUACCGAAGCCGUGGAAGCCGCGCACCCAGGAGCAGUGGGAAUCCGUCAUUCCGCCGUGUCCCGAGGACGACGUCGAAACGGAAGACGAGCCGCGAUGCGCCGACCAGCUCUCGUGGACCAGUCUGUGCCAGGAUUACGAUCAUGACAAGGCGCACGUGUGCGACGCGUUGUCGGCUUGA